CUGGAGUUCCUUCUGUGGAGAGCCGGUGGUUUCUUUCUUUUGUAUUUUUAAUGAACUUAUCGAGGGGCUGCUUGUUUAACAGACUACAACGAUGCAGCUUCACGACUUGUCAGAGACCCCCGAAGUCACACCUUCGAAAGAUGGUAUCUCACACGCAGUGAAAGAGAUCACAGCGGAGAACCAGAGCUUCCUCUCGCGGCUACCGAGAUUGACAUUGGAAGAGAAAGCAGAACUAUUAUCUGGCUCUACCUUUAUCAACUCGUCGGCGAUUCCUAGGUUGGAUAUUCCUGCGAUCAAGCUCGUUGAUUCUGUGAAUUCUGUCAAAGGCUCCGAAGUUCACCAUGGAGUCCCUACGGCGAUCUUUCCUAGCUCGACAUGCUAUGGCGCAACCUGGAACCGGGAGCUGAUGGAAGAACUGGGCAAGUCGCUUGCCAACCAAGCAAAGCUCAAGUCGGCACAGGUCAUUCUUGGGCCGACCAUCAACCUCCAUCGCGACCCUCGUGCUGGACGCAACUUUGAGUGCUUUAGCGAAGACCCGCUGCUGUCGGGUCAGCUAGCCGCCGCCAUUGUCAACGGUAUCCAAUCUUGCUCAGUGGCAGCAUGCCCAAAACACUUUGCGUGCAACGACAGCGAGUUCAAAAGACGACAGUACGAUGUCACCGAGUCACCGAAUAGUCGAACGUUGCGCGAAUUGUACUUGGCGGCAUUCCAGGAGCUGCUUCGAGGGUCGGAACCCAUGGCUUUGAUGGCUAGUUAUAACAAAGUGGACGGGGUAUAUGCCUCAGAGAACGACUUCCUUAAAGAUAUCCUCCGAGACGAAUGGGCGUAUAAUGGUUGUUUGGUUUCCGACUGGUUCGCGACAAAGUCCACCGCAAAUGCCAUCAAUGCCGGCCUGGAUCUGGAAAUGCCAGGUCCAUCGGUGUUCCGGGGACAGAGACUUGUGGACCAAGUCAGAAGUGGCCAGAUUGAGGAGAGUGCUGUUGAUAAGUGUGUCAGUCGGGUUCUGACUCUGCUGGACGAUACUCGCGAAUGCCAUGGAAACCGACCGGAGAGAUCCGAUAUCGAUGAGAAUACAAACAAUCUGGCGAGAAGGAUUGCCUCCGAGGGCAUUGUCCUUCUGAAGAAUGAGAACAAGGCACUCCCUCUUGACAUGAGACAGGUUCCCAAAAUUGCUGUCAUUGGUGUGCCAGCAAUGAAUCCAACAAUAUGCGGCGGCGGAAGCGCAUCGGCGCCUCCUCAAUACAUCCAGAGACCACUUGAGUGUUUGCAAAACAGUCAUCCUGCCCCUUCGCGCGUCCGCUAUGCUCAUGGCGUCAACACAAACCGACUUGUUCCGGUUCUAUCUUCAAAGCAAACGCAAGCUGAAAAUGGGCAACAGGGCUUCGACAUUAAAUACUUUGACUCAGACAGCCAAGAGCUCGUUCUUAGCGAGUUCCAGAAAGUCCCAGUAGUCGCCAUGGUAAGGGACCUCAAGCCCGGCCUUCAGGAAGGACGGUUCCGGUACGAAUUGACAACCACAUUGACGCCCGAAACUACGGGACACCAUACACUGGCAACUCGAUCAACGGGGGCAUUCGAGCUCUACGUGGACGGCAAUCUGGUGAUGUCUUCUGCCCAGCGGGAACUUUCCAUGGAAGAUUUCCUUUUCGAGCCUGCUCGCCUUGAGCAAAGAGUCGAAGUUUUCAUGGCCGCAUCGAGGCCGUAUUCAAUCCGCCUCGUCACCCAGGCACGGGUGCCCAGGGAAGGAGAUUACGAGCCUAACCCGCACGGAACAACGCUCUGCUUCGAGGAGUACGUGGACGAGCGGGCUCAGAUAUUCGACGCCGUCUCCAUCGCUGCAGCCUCAGACGUCAGCAUCAUCUUUGCUGGCCGAAACAGCGAAUACGAAUCAGAGGGAUUCGACCUGCAGGAGAUCUCGAUGCCCACGCCGCAAGCCCGGCUCAUCAAGGCCGUGGCAGCGGUGUCUAAGAAGACAGUCCUCGUCCUCCACUGCGGCAAUCCGAUCGACGUUUCCGGCUUUGUUGACGACGUCGACGCCGUGCUCAACGCGCAUUUCCCCGGCCAGGAAGGUGGCCAGGCGAUCACAGAUAUUAUCACGGGUAAAACCAGCCCCAGCGGCAAGUUAGCAACAACCUGGCCCAAGACGCUGGAUGCCGACCACGUCCCCACUGCUGCCCAUUUCCCGGCCCGGUGGACUGAAGAGACGGGAUACACCAUCCAGUACGCUGAGGGUUUGAACAUGGGCUACCGCUGGCCAGAAUUUGAUUCCAGAGCCCGGUGGUCGUUUGGAUUUGGUCUCUCGUACACUACCUUUGACUAUUCCGCCUUGCAUGUCGACGACGGCCUAGCUGUUCCCUUCUCCAAUGAAAUCAAUAUCAGCCUGGCAGUCACAAACACUGGCUCAUUCCCCGGCCAUGAAGUCAUCCAGGUAUACAUCACUCCCUCGGAUAGCACUUCCGUGUACCGUCCCGCUCGUGAAUUGAAGGGAUUCACCAAGGUCUGGAUUCUCCCCGGCGAGUCGGAGAGAGUCACAAUCACUCUUGAUCGGAACCAUGCCUGUAGUUUCUGGGACGAAAGCGUCAACAAAUGGCGGCUGGAGCCAGGAACGUAUGGUGUGCGCGUGGGCAGCCUGGCGGCCACUUUUGAGGUCAAGGAGGGAUUGACUUGGAGUGGACGGUAGGCCGCUAAAUAAUAUAGAUAGAAUAGGAUUGUGUGAAUUCAUUGUAUAUACGUUGAGUAACUCAUAUAUUGAGCAACC